AGGCGUGUGGUCGAAUUACACUACCCAGGGUACUGGCGACAGUGUAACAGCGUAAGAUUGCGACGCCUAUCAGACGUGACGACGGGAGAAAACACGUACAACUGGAUCCACAACCCUUCAUCCGAUGGGUCCAGAACCUCAACAUAGGAGGCGCAGUAGGCUCAGAGAGCGCCGCUGGGGAGCGAACAGCAGCUCAGAGCGGUGGGGAGCGAAAGGAUGGUUCCUCUGCGAAGAGGGCCAUCGCCCGACGAUGCCCCUCCCCGCCUAAAGGUCGCAGCUCAGGUAAGACCUGAUGACAGUGGGGGUACGAGGUUCUCUUCGAGGCCAUCUGCGCAGGAGCCCAGCCGGUCCUACUCUGAGGUCCUCCAAGCUGCCGUCCCUCCUGUAGGUCAACAUCAUCGACAACCAACACCUUCGCCUCAAGCUGCCGUCCCUCCUGUAGGUCAACAUCAUCGACAUCACACACCUUCGCCUCAAGAUGCCGUCGCCCCUCAGGCUGAACGUCGCCCUGUGCGAGCAGCCGCUGCUCGUCGUCAACGACGAUAUGGCGGCAUCGAGGAUGCCGUUGAUGCACUCGACGACUGGGAGUCUGGCAGAGUACAAGCAAGGGAGUCAGAGGAGGCACCUUCCGGAUCGGAUUACCACGACAGUAGAUCCGAGGAAGAGCCAGUCGAGCAGCACCACAAGAAGAAGAGGAAUCCACUCUUUUACUACAAAGCACACGAACAGCAUUUCGACGGCCUGCGCUCGCAGACCGGUCGUCAAGUUUGGAGCAGGACCACGUCGUUGUCAGACCUGCCAAUUAGCUGGCAGGAUAACGGCCUAGUCUGGUGGCGAACAAAUGUAAAUCACAUAAAGCGAUACAAGCUGGAAGCUGGGCUGAACGACAAGAUACAGCUCAAUUGUCUUCAGGACUAUAGGGGAAGUCGCGGCAGAUUCGGCCGUACGGCCGAUGCGAUUGCAAGCAUGCAUGCGUGGGAGGACGCCCGUGCCGCGGACUUGCAACAGAACGUGAUCGACCUGGAUGAGGACAGCAACGACGAGGCGGUUGCUGCUGACCAGCAUAACAGAGGGAGAGGCGGGGCAAGACCUAGUCGAUACCUAUACAGCGAGCACUUGGCGCCUUUCGACGCUCUCAGAGAUGCCGCCGAAGUGGAAGCCUGGGACAUGAGAAGGACGAAGCUAUCCGAUUUGCCUCUGUCCUGGCAGGAGGAGGAUUUGACGUACUGUAAAUGUAACUUGGAGUUCACCAAGCGGUACGAGAUGCAGAGACUUCUGAACCACAAGGUUCAGCUGGCCUAUGCUCGUGCCUGCGCUCUUGUGCAGCUGAUCGUCAUCGGCGACAGCUUGAGCGGCCUGCGUGGCAAUGCCCUCGAGGCAGAGCGGCAGGAGUGGAUCAGCAAGCUUGACGGCAAGCUGAACAUGUGGUCAACACCGACAGCUGCAUCGUCUGGGUCCUCACCACUCUUUCGCUCAGUACUACUGCGCAGACCAUCACCCUCUUCGCUCAUCCUUGUUGCCGGAAUACCGCCUUGACGACUGUACACCUUCACUACCUACAUGACCCCCAUGCAAGCGAAAAUUUGCCACUUGUAGUCAGCUCCAAAGCGCUAUUCCGCACUUGUGCUUGUCGAGUCAUGCUGGUCACAGAGCGGUCAGACAUGAUGGUCACAGAAAGGACAUGCUGGUCACAGCGGAGGUCGGACGUCGUGACAGUCUUUUCCUUUCAUCAAUCGUCAGCGCCUGUAUAUAGGGGAGACAAAAAUAAUCACCAACACAAAACACCAUUUCCUGGCUUUCCAGACUAUUUCGAGCUGUUUCCGGAUCGUAGUAGAGGGGCACAUCUUUGCUGCUUGCCCGUGUCCAGGCAAACGGGAGGUGCCAGGCGUCAGGUAUUCCUCAAGCGAUAGAGGUCAUCGUGAGACUCGGCGAAUUAGAUUCAGACACAAAAAGUCCUUGGAAGUGGUCUGCUCCCA